CAACAAGUUAGUUCCAGUGCAAAUAUGACGUCUCUCACAUAAUGGAGCAACUUUCAUCUCAACAAACAUCCGCAGAAAAGGACUUUUGGCUGCUGUGCCUCCCCUGAGGACCUCUGCCGAGAUUCAAACACUGAACUUCAGAACUAUGAGUCAGACGUGGCAACCGCAACUCCCUAUUGAAUAUGUCUACCUUUGAAAUGUCUUUUCUUCCAUCCUCUGCAUGAUUCCUACUUCUUGUCCCAGUGGACAGCCGCCCGUGAGCUACCGUGAAUCCAUAAUAACUCAGCCCACAUGGUAAGAUGGCAAGAAAUUAAAAGGACAUGGUGUUCCGCGUCUGCCGGCCUGCAGAAGAGUUUGAUGGUGAUGGCCACGCUGGCGGUCGUGGUCACGUGUGGAAAAGGAGCGGGGAAGCCGACUGAAUGCUGCAAGAAGGUCAGCAGCAAGAAGAUCACGGAGGAAGUGUUUGCAUUCAGAGUGGAAGUACCUCAAUUGCCAUGCCUGCCAGCCAUCAUCUUCUACACCAAAGAUGGCUACCAUUGCGCUCAAAUCCGCGCUCCAUGGGUCCUCGAGAAGACUGCUGCUAUUCGAAGGGCGGCCGUUGCUCGGGCUUUGACCACAAGCUCGCCAUCCGAAAGGUCGCUGCCGUACAGCCUCACCUCCUAGGUCUCCGCUUCUUCAUCGUGAUCAUCCUCCUCUUCGUCAUCUGAAGAAGAUGAGCAUAAAGCCUGUUUGGAGGAUGAAGACUUUAGUCUCUUACAAUUAUUUAUUCAUUCUAAUUUAAUCAAGCAUUAGUCUGUAUUUAUUAGCUAAAUGUUUCACCUGUAACUUAUUUUUUUAUGAUAGAAAACCUCCAGCGGUCUUCGGGUCAAAAUGACCUGGGGCUGUACAUGUGUGGAUGUGAGUAAAUUGUUGGAACUUUAACGCAAAGACUGAAUAAACUUCCUGUAAAUUGACUUUACAUGCAGUUUUAUUUUCACAUUAAAACAAUGAAAUUGUCUUUAACACUAUUUUUUUAAUCUGCAUUAUAACCUGAUGCAAUAAAUUACCUCAGCUUUUAUAAAAUAAAUUUAAAAAACUAAAUUGAGCAGGAUAUUUUUAUCAGU